GGCUAUGUUGUGGAGCUCCAUUUUGCUUGUUCUUUUCAUCUCUUUUUUUUUGUUUGUUUCAUUCAGUCUUGCUGAGAUCCGUUUCACGGAGAUCCGAUCCAAUGACCGCUACUCUGUAAUCCCCUUAGACGAGUUCCAGUUCACUCACAACGGCCGUCUCGAACUCAGCGUCUCUCAAGUUACUAUCUCGAACCAGAUUCCAUACUAUUACUUGGACAAAGUCGGAUUCUUCGUCUGCACACGUCACACAUGGGCGUUAUUGCUUCAACAACAACUCGCCGACGGGAAAGUCUUUUGUGCUCUCUCUUCCCCUUACGUCAGGGUCAUCUUCGACUUAAGGUCUCUCAAAGUGAAAUUGAGCUUCAACACCGUUUUCCCAGUACGGUACGCGGACCACUACAUCCUAGCCUUCAGUAACUGUCUCGAUCAAGUCAAUGUAUCGAUGACUGUCCAAUCGGCGAUGUACAAUCUCGAAGGAAAUAAAGACCGUCGGGAUUAUCUCUCCGCCAACCAAGCAAUUCUCCCUAGCUUUUACUUCCUUUUGUCCCUCUUUUAUUUCACACUCGCAGGGAUUUGGCUUUACUUGCUUCACAAGAACCCUAUCUCUGUUUCUAGAACCCAUUUCAUUAUGCUGGCUGUCAUCCCUUUAAAAGCUUGCAACCUCGUAUUUGAAGCGGAGGUUAAAUAUUGUAUCAAACGAACCGGAACUGGCUAUGGUUGGGAUCUUUGGUUUUCCAUUUUCAGUAUCUUGAAAGUGACCACGUUGAUCAUUUUGAUUGGCCAAGGCUGGUCGCUUUUGAAACCUUACUUGCAGGAUAAGGAAAAGAAGGUUUUUUUUAUAGUGAUUCCAUUUCAGGUAGUUGUUGCUAACAUUGCCCAAGUUUUCAUAGAUAAGACCCCACUUUUCAGUCCAUAUAGGGUUGUAUGUAAGCAAAUUGUUUUGCUUGUUGAUGUUUUUUGUUACUGCGCGGUGUUGUUACCGAUUGUUUGGUCGAUUGAGAAGUUGCGUGAGGUGGUUCAGACGGACGAGAAAGCUGCGGUGAAAUUGAAGAAAUUGACCCUGUUUAGGCAGUAUUACAUUAUGGUCAUUUGUUAUAUUUACUUCCCUCGUAUUAUGGUUUAUACUUUGGAGACAACAAAUACUGUAUAUAAAUAUUCAUGGAGCCGUGUUUUAGUUGGGGAGCUGGCCACACUCACCUUUUAUGUGUAUACUGGGUAUGAAUUCAAGCCAAAGGUGGAUAACUUGUAUUUUCCGACCGAUGAUGAAGAGGAAGAGGGCGGUUCAGAGCAAUUGAAGCUUUGAGAUGAGGAAAAAUGGGCAAUGAUUGAAGAAAAUGAAUACAUGAAUCCUUAUUGA